AUGGGAGUGCAGGUGGAGACCAUCUCCUCCGGAGACGGGCGCACCUUCCCCAAGCGCAGCCAGACCAGCGUGGUGCACUACACGGGAAUGCUUGAAGAUGGGGAAAAGUUUGAUUCCUCCCGUGACAGAAAAAAGCCCUUUAAGUAUGUGACGGGCAAGCAGGAGGUGAUUCGAGGCUGGGAAGAAGGAGUUGCCCAGAUGAGUGUGGGGCAGAGAGCAAAAAUGACCAUCUCUCCAGACUAUGCUUAUGGUACCACUGGUCACCCAGGCAUCAUUCCACCAAAUGCUACUCUCAUCUUUGAUGUGGAACUUAUAAAAUUGGAAUGA